AUGGCCUCUGUGCCUGACUUCUGCGAGGCCUUGCAGGCGCGAUCCGCAGAGCUGCGACGGAAGGUGCACGAAGAGCGGCAGAAGCAGGAGGCAGCCCAGCGUGACCUCGCCUCUGUGGAAGACGAGGUGGCGCAGCUUCGCAAAGAGGCCCUGGAGUUGCAGCUUGCCGCCGACCAGCAGCGGCAGGAAAGGAAAGCUCAGAGGGAGGCCAAGGUGGAUGUGGCUUCCUUGAAGAAGGAGGUGAGCCGCCGCCAGACUCAGGUGCGGAUCUUGACCGAAGAGCUGGCGCGCACCCAGGCGGACGUUCACAGGCUUGUGGAUGAAGCCGUGGCAAGAGCUGAGAAGGCUGCCUUACAGCAGGAAGUAGACAUGGAAAAACAGUGGUCUGCCCGCAAGGAAGCCGAGCACGAGAAGCUCAGGCAGACGGAAGAGAAAACGCUCCACCAGCAAGAGGAGUCUGCGCGCCUUGAGCACGAGAUACGAGUCCUACCGCCUCGCACUGCGGUCGUGCAGCUCUUUGCCGUGCUCGAUGAGCUUCGGCAUGUUCGCCAGGUCGCCGCCUCCGUGCAGAGUUGUCGCAAGGAAGAGGAGCAGCUCAGGGAACUGCGGAGAAGGCGGCUCUGCGAGAAGGGCGAGAAGCUCGUGCAGUUGGACCGCGACGCAGCCGAGCAGCGCUGCCAGGCUGCGGAGCUUCAGGCCGCCUUCGAGGAGGAAGCCCGAUUGGAAGAGGCGGAGCUUACCGAGCGCCUCGAGAGGAAUCGGAAGCGCGCGGAGCGCACUGAACGCGAAGCCUCCAGACAUCUCAAGGAGUUGCGAGAUGCAGCGAGGCCCGAGCCCAACGAGGCUCGAGGUGCUUCUACCUCGCUGCCUCCCGUGGCUCCUGGCUCAAGGUCUGCCGUGCAUGCGGAGUUUGCUCUGGUUGGGGCCCUGAAGGCCUUAGACCAGGAGUUGGGCAGCCAGCGCUUCGGGCUCCGCCAAAACCUGCGCGCCACUGGUCUGUGA